AUGCCGACGCCCCCGAGAGCUGCUGGGACGAGCCCAUGGGCCCUGGGGGCCAGAGGCCCUAGGGGCACCCCGCCCCGGACCCGGCCCCGCUCCAAACCCGAGGCCCACCAACGCGCCAGAGGACCAAGGGAGGUGAUUAAUGCCAUCAGGUUUCCAGUCUCUGCUCCUCCCAUAAAGAGUCUGGAUGAUGAACAGUCUUUGCUGCUUUCACAGCUUAAUCCAGACCAAAUUAAAGGCAGAGAGCUUCCAGAAGAGAAUGAUGGAGAAGAAUCCAUCAGGAUACAAGAUCAUGGAAAUGCUUCCAUUACUGUAGAGACUGGAGAUACUAAGGAGGAUGAAGAGGACAGUGAUGUAGAGCACCCGCUGUCUGAGCUGAAACACUUGUCAGACUCUGGAUAUAAAAAAUGCUCUACAGAAAAGAGAAAUGUGGAGUCAUGUAGGAAAGGCCACACAGGAGUGAAGCUAAACUACAAAGACUGUGGCAAAGCAUUUAUUAAAAAAUUCGCUUUAAACACACACGUGAGAAUCCAUACAGGACAGAAGCCUUUCUGUUGUGAUCUAUGUGGACAAAGAUUUAGCUUAAAAGAAACUUUAAUCAGACACAUGAGAAUCCAUACAGGAGAGAAGCCUUUCUGUUGUGAUCUAUGUGGAAAAAGAUUUAGCCAAAAAUUUAAUUUAAAGAUACACACAACAAUCCAUACAGGAGAGAAGCCUUUCUGUUGUGAUCUAUGUGGACAAAGAUUUAGCCAAAAAGCAGAUUUAAACAAACACAUGAGAAUCCAUACAGGAGAGAAGCCUUUCUCUUGUGAUCUAUGUGGAAGAGGAUUUACUGAGAGAGGACAUUUUAAUACACACAUGAGAAUCCAUACAGGAGAGAAGCCUUUCUGUUGUGAUCAAUGUGGACAAAGAUUUAGCCGAAAAUCAUCUUUAAACAGACACAUGAGAAUCCACACAGGAGAGAAGCCUUUUUGUUGUGAUCUAUGUGGACAAAGAUUUAACCAAAAAGGAGAUUUAAACACACACAUAAGAAUCCAUACAGGACAGAAGCCUUUCUGUUGUGAUCAAUGUGGACAAAGCUUUAGCCGAAAAUAUGGUUUAAAGACACACAUGAGAAUCCAUACAGGUGAGAAUCCUUUCUGUUGUGAUCAAUGUGGACAAAGCUUUAGCAUCCAAAAGCGAACUUUAAACACACACAUGAUAAUUCAUACAGGACAGAAGCCUUUCUGUUGUGAUUUAUGUGGACAAAGCUUUAGCCGAAAGUCACAUUUAAACAGACAUAUGAGAAUCCAUACAGGACAGAAGCCUCACUGUUGUGAUCAGUGUGGACAUAGCUUUAGCCAAACAUCUGAUUUAAAGAACCACAUGAUAAUCCAUACAGGAGAGAAGCCUUUCUGUUGUGAUCAAUGUGGACAAAGAUUUAGCAUUAAGUCAUCUUUAAACAGACACAUGAGAAUCCAUACAGGAGAGAAGCCUUUUUGUUGUGAUCUAUGUGGACAAAGAUUUAACCAAAAAGGAGAUUUAAACACACACAUGAGAAUCCAUACAGGACAGAAGCCUUUCUGUUGUGAUCUUUGUGGACGAAGAUUUAUCCGCAAAUCAAAUUUAAACACACACAUGAGAACCCAUACAGGAGGCGAAAUAGCUCUGCUAUGAAUAUUAACUCAAACUGCACAGCUGUAGUUUCCUGUCAGAUGUUAGUGUCUCAUUGAAGGCAACAGUCUUCACUUGUUAGUUUCAGCAUUUUUCUAGUAGCUAAUUUUUAGCAUUUUUUUUCUUUACUUUAACAUUUUCAGACAGAGCUGUAGCACAGGUGUGUUCUUGGUCUGUGGACGCUGCUCUAAUCACUAGGCCCACCCUCCUAAGUAUUGAGAUUUCUUUAAGGAUGUCUUAUUCUCUUAUUUUUUUCCCCCACUUGAGGAAGGGUGUUUUCUGAUUGUGAUCGCUUUCAUUUAACCUGGGGGUGCCCUACAGACAACCUCAUAAUUUUAAUAGAAAAAACACUAAUGUUUAUCUCUGCUAGGUGAGUGAUGUGCACAUUGACUGAUUAAGAAAGUGCUCACACACAGUUGAAACCAAACGUUUACAUACACCAUAUAAAUGUACAGCACUGUCAGACAUGAAAUCUUAAUUAACUUUCCUGUUGUGGCCAUUGAUGUCAAAGUUUUGUUAAUCAUAAGUUCUAUGAAUUUAGUUUUUGUAAAAUCUGUAUUCUUUCAUAUUUACAUUGUUUAGAUUACUUUGGUAAAGAUUUGGAGACCCAUUAGUUUAGGAGGUUAAGAACACACCAGGGGGGUUGUGGAAAUUUCCUUUGUUUUUCAAAUGUCUGUUGUGACAACAGGUUUUGUAAAAAAAAAAAAAAAAAAAAAA